AUGGUGGAUGCUCUAGCAGUAGGACAAACGUUUGGCAGUUGGGACGAAUUAGAUCGUGAUAAUAUAACUGCAGAAGCUUCAGCUCAUACUAAGCAAUUCUUUUCAGAUUUAUCUUUUUGUUUAUCAAAAAUUUUAAUUAAUGAUAUUAAUGCUAAGGCUAUACAAACUGGAAUAGAUGCUGGUUCUAGUGCAAUAAAAGAGCUUGAAGAGUUCAUGAAUGGGUUUAUCACCAAAUACAGGCCAAAAAAUAAAAAGGAUAAACUAAUUAACAGAAAAAAUGCAAGGCAACAAUAUGAAGAUGAGGAUGAGACUACCUUGAGUUCUGAUGAUGAAGAUUUUAUUUUAACAGAUCUAUCACCUUUUAAUAAAAAUGUAGUAUUGUUUUGA